AUGUCAUCAGAAUACGAACGUAAAUUAAUUGAUAUGCAAUAUCAAAUGCGUGAAAAUAAUGCAUAUUUAAAUGAUUAUAUGAAAGAUUUAAAUACUUGGACAGAUGAAAUAAAAAAGAAAGAAGAAUCUUUAAAAAAUACAACAUCAUCAACAACGAAAGAUCUUCCACCAGUACGAAAUUUUAUUGAACCACCAAAACCAAAAAAGAAAUCGAAAAAGAAAAAUUCUUCAACAAAAACUUCUUCAUCUAUACGUUCACAUGAUUACCAUUCAUGGGAUAAAUAUGAUGUUGAUGCUGAAUGUAAACGAAUUGAUAAUGAACAGGGAGACGGUGAUGAUGAAGAUGAAGAAGAUGAGGAAGAUGAAGAAUGGCAAGAACAAGUAUUAAAACAAAAAGCUGAAUACUAUAAAGAUUGUGGUAAUUAUCAAUUUAAACAAAAAUCUUAUGCUCAAGCUAUCGAACAUUAUACGAAAGCAAUUGAAUGUGAUCCAACAUGUCCAAUUUAUUUUGCUAAUCGUGCUCAAUGUCAAUUAUUUGAACAACGUUAUGGUGCCUGUGAAGCUGAUUGUACAUUAGCUAUACAACUUGACAAAAAUUAUUUAAAAGCUUAUUAUAGACGAGCACUAGCACGUAUUGAAAUUGAAAAAAUUGAACAAGCAAGACAAGAUUUAGAAUAUAUUCUAACACGUGAACCAUCAAAUAAUGAUGCAAAAAAUAAAUUAGAUGAAUUAAAUAAAAAUGAUGAAAUAAAACGUUUAGGAAGAAUUUAUCCAUUACAUGAUAAACCUAUUGAUAAACGAUCAACUAAACCAUUAAAAAGAAUUGAAAUACAAGAAAUUGAUACAUCAAUUAUUUCAAGUAGUGAAACAACAAAGAAAAAAACUAUUGUUAUUGAAGAAAUGGAUACGGAUCUACCUUCAUCUGAACCAAUAGUUCCACCAUCAUCAUCGCCGUCUCCUCCUCCUCCUCCUCCUUCUCCUUCGUCACAAUCUGAAAAACCAACAGUAACUGAAAAACCAUCAACUAAAUCUGUACCUAUACCAACUACAAUUCCAACUACAGGUUUUCAAUUUAAACGUGAUUGGUCAAAUUUAAAUAAUCAACUUGAACAACAAUCAAUUUAUUUUAAUAAAAUUCCACCAAAAUCUUAUAAAACAAUUUUUUCUACUGGCCUUGAUUCAUCAGUAUUUUCAAGAAUAUUACUUUUAUGGUCAAAUCAAACAAAUAUUGAUGAACAUUUAAUUGAUUCAAUGUAUGAACUACAUCAAACACCAAGAUUUGAUACACAGUUGAGUUUUCUUGGUAAUGACGAUAAAAAAUUAUUAAAAACAAUUUUACAAAGAUUACAAAAUGAAUUCUCAUCAACGGAUAAAAUUCAAACUGUAUUACGUGAUUAUAAAAUCGACUAA